AUGUCUGCCGCAGCACGACAACGUCUUCAGGCUUUAAGCCAACACCUUGUGGAGGGCAUUCCAGAUGAGGGGACUUUUGAGGGAAUACCCCGGAUUCGACAUGUUGCUUCAGACUCGGCUGGUCCUCGAACAAAGGACAAGGUAGUGAUCGUAACCGGUGCCAACUCUCCAAAUGGUAUUGGCCGGGCUAGUGCACACCAAUUCGCCAAUAAUGGUGCCAAAGCAGUCUAUAUCUGCGAUUACAGCGACACCCACCUCGCAACCCAUAAGCUGGAAAUGGAAUCUCUCUACCCUGAAGUAGACGUGCAUGUACGACAGUUCGAUGCAGCGGAUGAAAAGGCUCUGGUAGCCGUCAUCGACGAGGUGAUAGCUAAAUAUGGUCGCUUGGAUAUUUUUUUCGCAAACGCUGGCGUCGUGGGACAACCAAAAAUGUUUACAGAUAUUGACGGCGAUGGGUUCAUGAACACCAUGAAGACCAAUGCUCUUGGUGUUUUCCUUGCCGCCAAGCAUGCUGCCCCGGCAAUGAAAGUCACUUCCGCGUCGAAGCCACACCCGAGCGGUUCGAUUAUUUGCACCGCAUCAGUCGCUGGGUUGCGAUCCAACGCCGGAUCCACCGAUUACUCCGCCUCUAAGGCUGCAGUCAUUUCCAUCGCACAAACAUGCUCGUUCCAACUUGCUGGUACCGGGAUUCGGAUCAAUGCCAUCUGUCCCGGUCUGAUCGAGACAGGUAUGACACAAAGUGUCUUUGACCAUGCACGGAAACGUGGUACAGAGCGCAAGAUUGGGCAGCUGAAUCCCACACAGCGUGGUGCAGUUGCCGACGAGGUUGCACGCGUGGCACUGUUCCUUGGCAGUGACGAGAGCAGCUACGUGAAUGGGCAGGCAUGGGCUGUGUGUGGUGGGUUGAGUGCUGGACACCCUUUUGUUCCUGGAAAGCUAGCAUAA